AUGAAGGAGCCGAUCGCCAUCGUGGGCAUGGCCUGCCGGUUCCCUGGAGACGUCACAGACACAAACAAGCUUUGGGAGCUCAUGAUGGAAGCUCGGAGCGUCCAUUCGGAGGUACCUGCAGCUCGGUUCGAUCAGAAUGCUUUCUACCACCCGGAGAGUAAGAACAAUGGGACGUUCUAUGCUAAAGAGGGCCAUUUUCUUGCCGAAGAUAUAUCCCGGUUCGAUGCUGCAUUUUUUAAUAUCAGUCCGGCCGAAGCAAAGGGGAUGGACCCCCAGUUGCGGAUUCUUCUGGAAGUCUCUUACGAGGCCUUUGAAAACGGUAUGCUCACCGGAUCCGGGUAUACCCUGGAUCGAUUAAGGGGAAGCGACACGUCUGUAUACACAGCCCAUUACAACAGGGACUACGAGAAGAUGCUCCUCCGAGACCCCGAAAACCUCCAGUUCUAUGCAGCCCUCGGAAAUGGCGAAGCAAUGUUUUCCAAUAGUUUAUCAUAUUUCUUUGACUUGAAGGGGCCCUCCUUUACUUUGGACACUGGGUGCAGUGGCAGCAUGAUUGCGCUGCACAAUGCCUGCGCCAGUAUCUGGGCUGGCGAAAGCCAGCAGUCUGUUGUGGCGGCCACAAAUCUGAUCCUAGAUCCAGUAACGAUGGUUGGGCCCAGCUUCAUGCAGUUCUACUCGGACGAUGGCCGCAGCUACUCCUCUGAUUCACGAGCUUGUGGCUAUGGGAGAGGAGAAGGAGCGGCGUGCUUGAUAUUGAAGCCGCUCUCAGAUGCCUUGAGAGACGGCGACAAUAUAAGGUCCAUUGUCCGAAGCUGCGUCGCAAACCAAGAUGGGCGCACGCCAGGCAUCACAAUGCCAGAUUUCGACGCGCAAAAGGCCCUUAUUCAGAAAGCAUAUGCCGCGGCCGGAGUCGACCCGAGAGACACGGUGUAUGUUGAAGCCCAUGGCUCUGGGACUGCAGCGGGCGAUCGGAUCGAGAGCAUGGCCCUGGGAGAGACUCUGGGGUCUCAACGCCCUCGGUUUGAUCCUCUUGUGAUGGGCUCUGUGAAAACGAAUAUCGGUCACCUCGAGAACGCCAGCGGCGUUGCUGCACUCGUCAAGGCCGUACUCGUCAUUGAAAACGGCUCGCAGCCUCUGAAAUACACCGAGUCCCGGCAGGUUUCGGUGAGCAGCUUUGGCUACGGAGGCACAAACUGCCAUAUUAUCCUGGACAAAGCUCCACCAGUUGCACCUCAAAGAAGCCCUAAAACCCCAAGCGAAUCGCCGUGUUACCUAUUCCCUUUGUCUGCACGAUCAAAAACCUCCAGCAGCCUCAUGGUUGCUCAGCUCCAAAAAUAUGUCGAUAGAAAAGGCCAUUCGUCCGAGUGCGAUUUCCUGAGCUCGCUGGCCCAUACCCUCUGCCACGGAAGAUCGCGAUUCCAAUGGAGAGGGGCGAUUGUCGCAGAGAGCAUAUCUGAGUUACAAGGCUGCUCUACGAGCAGUCUGCCUUUCAGUCACUCUUCAACAGCAUCUCGCCUAGGCUUCGUCUUUACAAGGCAGGGAUCACAAUGGUAUGGAAUGGGCAAAGAACUGCUCCAAACAAGCACGGUGUUUAGAGAAUCUAUCCUCGCUGCUGAGCGUCACCUUGUUCGUCUCGGGGCACAAUGGAAACUGACGGAGGAGCUGCUCAAUACCCCCGAGAUGUCUUCAUUAGACAAGGCACAAGUCGCACAGCCAGCGUGCACAGCGAUCCAGCUGGGUCUCGUCAAUCUCCUGGCCGCUUGGCACAUCGAACCCUACGCUGUUGUCGGACAUUCUAGCGGCGAAAUUGCGGCCGCUUAUGCUUGCAGCGCGAUUUCGUUUAGUGAUGCUUUGCAUAUCGCAUACUCUCGAGGAGUAUGUACUGCAGGGCUCGCGGGAGACAGAGGGAUACGCGGUGCGAUGCUGGCCGCAGGUCUCAGCCGGACAGCAGCAGAAGGAUACCUCAAGCAGGUUGACCAGCGAUACGGGUCGGCGAAGGUUGCUUGCGUCAACAGCCCCCAGUCAGUUACUCUGUCGGGGGACGAAAACGCCAUCGUGCAGCUAAACAAGCUCCUUCAAUGCGACGAGGUGUUUGUCCGACGGUUACCGGUUGAUGUUGCAUACCACUCCCACCAUAUGGCUCGAGUCGCUCACGACUAUCGGAAUACCCUGCAAAGCAUUGGCCGACCAGACACCUCUGCGUCUGCCUUGAUGUUCUCCACCGUUGAGGGUCGUCGGGUUGAUGCAGGAUCUCUGGAUGCGGACUACUGGGUGAAGAACUUGGUAUCGCCCGUGCUGUUUUCUCAGGCAUUCAAACAGUUCUGUGGCGCACUCUCAAACGGCACAGACCAGAGUAUGAUCAUUGAGAUCGGCCCUCACGCCGGCUUGAAAGGGCCAAUCAGGCAAAACCUGGCGGCGCUGCAGCCUGCGUACACGAGCUUUGCUUAUAGUUCUGCGUUGUCCAGAAACAGGUCAGCCAGGAAGACAACUCUUGAACUAGCAGGUGAGCUCUUUGCCCACGGCUUUGACCUUGAUCUCGAUAUGGUCAACUUCGACCGGUCCCCAACCAGACUGACAGCCGUCGCCGAUUUACCACCAUAUCCCUGGGACCACUCCGUGUCAUAUUGGCAUGAGAGCCGCCUAAGCCGUAACUACAGAAGCCGGCGUGAUCCUCCACAUGAUCUGCUCGGGGUCGUGGCCCCUGACUCGAGCAUCCUGGAGCCUCGGUGGAGGAAGUAUAUCCGGCUGGCUGAAAUGCCUUGGCUGGCGGGCCAUAGAGUCCAGGGCCGCAUAAUAUUUCCAGGAGCCGGUUACCUUUGCAUGGCAUUCGAAGCUGGGGCAUGGCUUUCCGCGCAGACUGGACUCAAGAUCGAUGGCAUUGCGUCGAUCAAGCUUUCGAACAUUUCAUACAUCCAGCCGCUCAUUGUUCCGGAGUCUGACGACGCGGUAGAAACAAUCUUUACCAUACGGCCAUCUGGAGCCUAUCGAGGCAGGGACCUGGCUCAUCGUCACGAAUUCUUGGUUUAUUCAUGUCCAGACGGCACCAAUGUUGUGGACCACUGCCGUGGCUUUCUCGCUAUAUCGCCGAAAGGGUCGAAUUCGGGGCCUCCGCCCUCGAGUUGGGAGAUCGAAGAACGGGAUAGUAUGUUGUCUGACAUUCAGGUCAGCAAGCUGUAUGACGACCUGAGGAGUCAGGGAAUCGAUUACUCUGGAUGCUUUGCCGGUCUCUCCACGGUCCGUGCCGGGCUUGGGUCAUCUCAAACUGCGGUUGAUGCCUCGAAGGCACAACAGUAUCCGAUCAGCCGGCGAGGAAUAGAAUGCCCCCAUCCGGCCACGCUGGAUGCUUGUCUCCAGAGUGCAUUCCCUGCGAUCAUGGCGGAUCCUACCUGGGGAGGCCCAUUCCUCCUGUCCUCGGUGGGGGAGAUCACCCUAUGGUCUCCGUCCUCAAGCGCGCAACCAACUACGCAACAAACAUAUAACGUGAAUUGUCGGGCAUCAACAAGCGCGCAGGCCUCCUCCCACAGCAGCUGCUUUGCUAUAUCUCCAAGCAACCAGGAUGUACAGAGCAUCUCGAUUUCGUCCCUCAUCUUCACUAAAAUACAGGCGAGAGUCCAGUCGACGUCCUCGCAGACUGGCACCACUUGCCAGAAAAUCGUCAAGUAUGUGGACCCUCUGUUCCUCAGCACCCCCGAGAUUGAGGAUAUCUGCUAUGCUACAACAGACGACGCCUCGGUUACUGGCCAACUCUCACGAUAUGCUCGCGCCUGUCGCAUCCUGGCCAAAGCUUCUCUGGAGCAGCUCCACGAAAGGGAUGUGGCGAAACUAGAACCUUACCAGGUCGAGUACAUGGGGUGGCUACGCAAAAUAGCAGCUCAGAGAAUUUGCAAAGAGUCUGAAGACCAAGACAAUGUCACCCAAUUGCUCGAAACUGUGGAAAAGGAUGGAUGUGUGGGCAAGAUGAUUUGCCGGAUUGGCAAACGCCUUCCACAGAUUCUGAAGGGAGAACAGCAGGCGAUUUCGUUGAUGACAGAAGGCGGUUUGCUGCAUACACUCUACAGUGAAGAUAAAGGAAUCCAGCGAUGUGCGAUACAAGCAGGGCAGUAUGCUGGCCUCCUGGGCCUGAAGAAACCGAAUAUUCGCGUUUUGGAAAUCGGUGCUGGAACCGGGGCCGCCACAUUGCCCAUUCUUGAAGCCCUCACCACCGCGAAGAAAAGCCUUUUCCACCAUUACGAUUUCACUGAUAUCUCUGGCGGCUUCUUCCCAAAAGCGACGGAGAAGUUUGCCCAGUGGAGACAGCGCCUGGCCUUCCAAACCCUCAAUAUCGAGAAGCAUCCUGGGGACCAGGGGUUUGAGCUCGGAAUGUACGACCUGGUCAUCGCUGCCAACGUCCUUCAUGCGACAUCUAACAUCGAUCGCACGAUGAGACACGUGCGGAGCCUCCUGCGGCCAGGCGGCAGUCUUUUGCUGAUUGAAAGUACUCAACCCACAGCUUAUCGGUCAUUCAUCUUCGGCACACUCCCUGGCUGGUGGCUGGGAUCGCUGGAGCGACAAAGAGACCACCGUCAAGACCACCCGCUCUUGACGGUGGAUGAAUGGGAUUCACUAUUAAUGGAUACCGGAUUUGAAGGAGUGCAGGCAUGCACACACGCUUACAAGACACCGGGUGAGCAUAUAGACAGCUUCAUGGUCUCCCACGCUCUGCCGGACGAGCAAGAUCCGCCUCUCUUGGUACUUUCCGAACAACAGUUGCACGGGAUUAAGGGAGACUUGGGACUGGAAUUGGCCGAGAAGAUGGCACACGCUCUCUCAAUUCCGACAGGCUCCAUUGUCCAGCUGGGCGAUCCCCGAGUCCAUGGCAGGACGUGCAUCUGCCUGGCGGGCCUGGAAGAGCAGAUCCUGGCUGCAUGCAGCGAGGCGGAUUUCACUGGCAUUCAGAACACCUUCAAGCGUGCAAAGGAGAUCUUCUGGGUCACGCAAGGUGCCAUGGAUAGCUGCACCCACCCGGCGUCCGCCCUGGCUGUGGGUUUACUGCGUGUUCUCCGGCGCGAGAACCAAGGAGUGCGUGCUCUCCGGCACUUCAUCAGCCGUCAGCACUUCUCACCGGAGAACAAUGAAUGGCUCGAGCGUGAUGGCCGGUGGCUUGUGCCUCGCAUCAUCGAGGACGACGCCACGACCAAUGUCCUGUGCGGCGACACUGCAUCCUCUGUCACUCUGCGAAACCAGUCAUUCAAAGAGGCGAACCGUUCAUUGCGUCUCGUUGCCAGUCCUUUCAGAACAAUCCAAGACAUGCACUUUGCGGAGAACACUUCUUUCAAUUGUCCCCUCGCUGAUGACGAGGUUGAAAUCGUCGUCAAGGCCACCGGGGUCAAUUUCCGUGACCCGCUCAUUGUGCUUGGGGCCAUGGAUGCACCACUAGUAGGAGAAAGUAGCGGGUUCGUUGUCGAUAUUGGAGCCCUGUGUCGAUCUCGUUUCCAGCGCGGUGACCGAGUAUACACCUGUUAUGUCGCUGCACAUGCAAACAGAGUCAGAGCUCAAGGGUCCUUCACGCAUUUGCUUCCUGAGGCCCUCUCCUUUGAGGAAGCUGCCGCGAUACCCAUCAUUUAUGGGACGGCGUACCACUCCCUGGUCGAGGUUGCCCGUCUGAAGCCAGGGGAGUCUGUGCUGGUUCAUGGAGGUGCCGGUGGUGUCGGGGGCGCUGCAAUCACUCUGGCCCAGCACAUUGGAGCCGUGGUCUUCACAACAGUCGGAACAGAAGCAAAGAGGCAGCAUCUGAUUGACCGUUAUGGGAUUCCUGCCAGCCAUAUAUUCUCCAGCCGGAAUACCGAGUUUGUCCAUGGGAUUCACAGGGUCACCAAGAAUGCAGGCGUGGAUGUAGUCUUGAAUUCCUUGACAGGCCCAUUGCUCCAGGCCUCGAUGGAUGUCCUCGCCACGUUCGGUCGCUUCGUGGAGUUGGGCAAGAUAGACGCCCUCUCUCAUGCACGAUUGGACAUGUCAGUCUUCAAUCGGCACGUCUCAAUCACGUCCGUGGACUUGGUUGCCCUCAGGGACCGCAAGCCCCAGGAGGCCGCCGCACUGCACUCGCGAGUGCGCAAACUGGUCCAGGCGGGUGUUUUCGUCCCUCCUCCUAUAGCCGUAUACCCCGUUUCCCAAAUAGAGGACACCUUCCGACAGAUCCAAGCCGGCAAGCAUAUGGGCAAGUUGGUUCUCUCGUUUAGCAAUGACUCGGUGGUCAAGGUUGCACCACCUGUAUCACGACAUAGACAUCUGAAGGCGAAUGCAAGCUACCUGCUCAUUGGAGGUAAGGGUGGCCUGGGCCGUGAAAUAUGUCGCUGGAUGGCCAACAAUGGAGCAAAGCAUCUCGUCGUUCUUUCUCCGUCAGGCGCCACAAAGCCGGCGAUUCAAAGGCUCAUUAACGACCUCGCCGCUGUUGGCACCGAGCUUCGUGCAAUUGCCUGUGACGUUGGAAACACGGAGCAGCUUCACUCUGCGCUGUCUGAUUGCCAGAAUGAACUCCCUCCUAUACAAGGCGUCGUCUACGCCGCGGUUUCUCUGAGAGACAUGGCCUUUGAACGUAUGACGCGGCAGGACUAUCUGCAUGUCUUGGGCUCCAAAAUGACGGGCCUUCAGCUGCUCCAUGUAGCGCUUCAGCAGCAGCCACUGGACUUCUUCGUGAUCCUCUCCUCUUAUACUGGCUUGGUUGGAAACCCUGGACAGUCCAACUAUGCAGCAGCUUCCACAUACCAAGAUGCCUUCGCUCGCUGGAGAACGGCCCAAGGAUUCCCAACUAGGUCCAUUGAUCUCGGUAUCAUUCAGGACGCCGGAUAUGUGUUCGAGAAUCCAGCAUCGACAGAACAUCUCCGCAAGUCGGGGAUCAAGGCUGUCCCGCUAGAUACCCUUCUAGCUCUAUUCGAGCAUUGCGUGUAUUCUCCUCCUCGAGAUUCCUCUUCAAGCCAGAUUGCCAUCGGUUGGAGCCCUGAGAUGGCAGAAAAUAUCGACAAUUCGCUGUUCUCGCAGCUGAUAUCUUCCAAGGCAGGCUCGCCCGACAACAGUGGCUUGCAGGGUAGUCCUGAUCAGUUGCUGGAAGCGGCACUACAUUCCACUAGACCACGGAACGAGGUGGUAUCUCGACUUGUGACUACCAUCUGCCAGUAUGUUUCCAGAGUGCUGGGAGUCCCCAUCGAAGACGUGGAUCCGCUCCAGUCCAUGUCCCGCCAUGGUGGGGAUUCCCUGGUGCUGGCUGAAUUCAGGAACUGGCUUCAGAAAGGCGUCGGUGCUCCUAUGCUAAUGAACAAAGACCUGGGACAGCUUCCUCUCCGAGAACUGGCAGAGAUGGCCGUGGACUGCGUCAGGGAGCAACCGACGAAAGCUAUUACGCGCCAAAUAUCGCCGGCCAGCAACAUGGAUAUAUCUCUCCAGAGUGAGCGUUUGGUCAAGCAAGCUCCGUCUGCCGCGCUGCCUCCUUUGCCCCUGCCAACGCUUGAGGAAACCGUUCAGCGCUAUCUUCAGACUGUUCGUCCGCUUGUCUCAGCCUCGGAGUUUGCAGCGACCUCCCAGAAAGCAAAGGAUUUCCUGCAUCCCACCGGUCCGGCCUGGAGGUUACAGAGGAAGCUCCAAGACAAGAAGGAUAACCCGAAGAUCCCUAACUGGCUUGAUGGAAUCUACGCAGAAGUGCGUUAUUUGCGUGACCGGCGACCACUCGUCCCAUUCAGCAGCUACUUCGGCAGCCACAAGAUCCACGGCUUGGAUUCAUCAGAUCAGGGCUCGCCUGCAGUGCGCGCUGCUAUCAUUUCCUGGUCAGCGUUUCGGUUCAAAACGCAGUAUGAACAUGGCGAUGUGCCUUGCGAUACUAUCAACGAUCAACCCAUCUGCAUGGACAGCUACCGAUGGCUCUUCAACGUGUGCCGAGUGCCUGGUCUCAAGGAGGAUGUUCCCGCCAAGUGGCCGUCUCAGGGGGUUUUGAUCGCAAUGAGAAACGGGCAUAUGUACAAGAUCCCCCUUUCAGUGGACGGAAAGCCUGCCACGAUCGAGCAGCUCGCCGGGGCAUUCAACCAAGUCAUCCGAAUGGCCGACUCAAAACGCGUCUCUCGCGUUGGUGUCUUGACUAACGGCGAUCGUGAUGUCUGGAGCAGGAAUCGGGAUACCUUGCGCGGGCUCAGCGACAAUAAUGCAUCCUCUCUCCAGGAUAUCGAGAGCGCUGACUUCGUCGUCUGUCUGGACCGAGCCAGGCCGCAGACAGCGGAUGAGCGUGUGUCCCAUCUCUGGACCGCCACCGAGUCAAACCGCUGGCACGACAAGCCAAUGCAGUUCAUUGUCUUCGACAACGGCGUCUCUGGUUCUAUUCUCGAACACUCCAAAGUGGACGGCAUCGCCACUCGACAUCUACAUACUCAUGUCAUUCACGCAAUCCAAGACCCCCCGCGCCGUCAGCCGGAUGUAGCAUCGAGCUUUCCGGAUCCAACACCUGUCCUGAUCUGUACCAACGAGGAGCUCGACGCACAGAUGGAAACGAUUCCCAAAGCGCUGCGCACCCGGCUCCAGAACCUCCGAGUCAAGGUUCUGGAUCUUGAUCAGUUCGGCACGCAGCUUAGCCGCUACCACCGCCUCAAGCCUAACGCCUUUGCCAAUAUGGUUGUCCAGCUGGCCUUCUAUAAACUAUACAAUAAAGCCGUACCAACUGUUGAGCCGGUCACCAUGAGCACUUACUUUCAGGGUAGCCUCGAUUUCUGCCGGGUUGUAACCGACGAGGUGGUCGCCUUCUGUCAAGCCAUGGAGCAGCACCCCCGCGAUCCGGAGAAAUGCCAGUCGUUGUUCCAAGGCGCAGUGAGGAAGCAUGUCAGCCAGGUUGCUGCCGCUGUAAAGGGAGAAGGAAUUGAUAUGCAUUUCCUGGCACUGAAGGAUGUGGCCCGUGAGUGUCAGGAGGUCCCCAGCCUCUUCGCAGAUUCAGUGUUUGAGUAUAGCCGCAGUGGCAUGAUCAGCAUGGCGACCUUGCCCGCGUAG